UCUAAUAUCUUUUAAUUGCCUUUACAGAUACAGGUUGCUAGGCAACUUAGAGGCAUGACUUCCAUAUGUAACUGUACCCGAACUCUCUUCCCAAGGCCGCUCAUCUGCCCUUUCCCUUUGCAUAGCGGCGGUCGCCACGGUGUUGGUGUAAGGUAUUCAAGGCCCACUAGGUGAAGAUAUUGAUACUAGUGGAAAUGUGGGUGGUGAUGGUAUCAAGGUUUGACGCCUGUCAUAUGCCGUGACCAAGGCAGUAUAUACCGCCGUGACGGUCGUUCGACACUUUCCUACAAUCAGUCACCAUCAGUUACUUGUGGUUUAUGACCCAUAGAAAUGUUCUUUGCAUAGUCCCUUACAGAUCAAGAUGAAUGAUAUGAACAAGAUCAGCUGCUGAGUGCUGGCUGGAACGUCCGUGCGCGGUGCAGCCGGCCGGGGUAAUAUCUGCCGCCGCCGCCACCGCCGCCAGCAGCGUCAGUCGCUGCGCGUCUGCAGAGGGAGGCGGUCGGCCGCCAGCACCGCUCAGCCGCCGCCGCCGCCACAGCAGCAGCAGCAGCAGCCACAGCAGCAGCAGCCAUGGCCGGCUACCGGCCUGCCGUGCACGUGGUGCAGCUGAAACCCGUCUCGGUGCCGCAGUGCAUGCAGGAGGGCCAGAAGUUCAUCAAGUGGGAUGAGGACUCGCCGACCGGCGUCCCGGUGACCCUCAAGGUGGACCCGCACGGCUUCUACCUCUACAUGGUCGACCAGAACAAGGAGGUGGAGUUGCUGGAUAUCCUCACCAUCAGGGACACCAGGACGGGACGCUACGCGCGCACGCCGAAGGACCAGAAGGUGCGGGAAAUCGUCACCAUGGGCAGCACGGGCACCCUGGAGGACAAGACGCUGACCGUCUGCUACGGCCCGGACGUGGUCAACGUCAGCUUCGUCAACUUCUGCUGCAACAGUCGCGACACGGCCAAGCUGUGGUGCGACGAGCUGCUGAAGAUGGCGUACAACCUGCUGUCGCUGAACGGCAGCAUCACCACGUUCCUGCAGAAGGCGCACACACGCAUCUGUCGGGACGUGGAUCGCGCCGGCCGGAUCCCCGUCAAACACGUGGUGAAGUCUAUAGCCAGUAAUAAGGAGGACCGGAAGCGUGUCGAAAAGGCGAUGGAGGCGGCAGGUCUACCGAGUGGGAAGUCUGACACGCUAGAACCCGAGGCGUUCACAUUCAGACACUUCCUGGCAUUCUACAUGCACCUGACCGGACGACAGGAGCUGGAACGCAUCUUCGACGAACUGUGCGGCUGCAAGAGGAAGAGCUUCAUGACCGUGCAGCAGGUGGUAAACUUCCUCAAUAACGAGCAGCGCGACCCCCGGCUCAACGAGAUCCUCUACCCGUACGUGGACGAGCAGAAGGCGCGAGAGCUGAUCGCCCAGUACGAACCCAACAAGGCCAAUGUGAACAAAGAUCAGCUGAGUCUGGAGGGGUUCAUGCACUACCUGAUGAGCGAGGACAACGGCGUGAUACCUCCGGAGAAGUACGAUCUCAGCGACGACAUGGAGCAGCCGCUGUCGCACUACUUCAUCAACUCGUCCCACAACACCUACCUCACUGGUCACCAGCUGACCGGCAAGUCGUCGGUGGAGAUAUACCGUCAGUGCCUGCUGAUGGGAUGCCGCUGUGUGGAGCUCGACUUCUGGAACGGGAAGACCAAGUCGGAGGAGCCCAACGUGUGCCACGGCUACACGCUCGUACCCGAGAUACCCGCCAGGGACGUGAUAGAGGCGAUCGCCGAGUCUGCCUUCAAAACCUCCGAGUGGCCGGUGAUUCUGUCGUUCGAGAACCACUGCAACCCCAAACAGCAGGCCAAGAUCGCCCAGUACUGCCGGGAGCUGUUCGGGGACAUGCUGCUCGAUGAGCCGCUGGAAGACUACCCGUUGGUGCCUGGGACGCCGCUGCCGCCGCCGUCAGCGCUACGGAGAAAAAUCCUCAUCAAGAACAAGAAGAAGCACAAGCCGAAGGUGACGAGCAAGUCUGACACGACGUUUCACGUGCCUGUGGAACAGGUGGAGCCGGCGGAAGCCACGUCCACUCCUACGCAGCAGGCGCUGGGUAACGGUGAUGUCUCGCGGGGACCGUCCUCGGCUCCCGGCACGGAGAAGGACGCCUCUCGUGAGGACGAGGACGCGGAUGAGGACAGCAGCUCCGACUCGGACGAGGACUGUCUGAGCGCCGAGGAGCGCAAACUGCGCGAGCGACGGCAGAAGGAGACGGGUACCGCCGGGAAGGAGUCGGAGGCCGGGGCUGAGAUCUCCGCACUGGUCAACUACGUCCAGCCCGGGCACUUCAAGAGCUUCGCAGAGGCCGAGCGUCGUGACCGCAGUUACGAGAUGUCCUCACUGGUGGAGACCCAGGCCAUGGCCAAUCUGAAGGCAUUCCCGGUCGACUUUGUCAACUACAACAAGCGGCAGCUGAGCCGGGUCUACCCGCGCGGCACCCGGGUCGACAGCUCCAACUUCAUGCCGCACAUGUUCUGGAACGCCGGCUGCCAACUGGUGGCGCUCAACUUCCAGACGCUCGACCUGCCGACGCAGCUGAACACGGGCAUCUUUGAGUACAACAACCGUUCGGGGUACCUGCUGAAGCCGGAGUUCAUGCGCCGCUCGGACCGGCUGCUCGACCCGUUCGCCGAGUCGACCGUGGACGGCAUCAUCGCCGGCACCGUCUCCGUCAAGGUGAUCUCUGGCCAGUUCCUCUCUGAGAAGCGCGUUAAUGUGUGGGUGGAGGUGGACAUGUACGGUCUGCCGGCCGACACAGUGCGGCGGCGCUUCAAGACGCGCGUCAUCCAGAACAACGCCAUCAACCCCGUCUGGGAUGACGAGACGUUCGUCUUCAAAAAGGUUGUGCUGCCGGACCUGGCCUUUAUCCGACUGGCGGCGUUCGAGGAGUCGGGCCGGCUGCUCGGACACCGCGUGUUGCCGGUGGUGGGUCUGCGGCCCGGCUACCGGCACAUCAGUCUGAGGAACGAGUCCGGACAGCCGCAGGGACUCAGCACACUGUUCGUCAAGGUGAAGGUGGGCGACUACGUCAAGGACUGUUUCUCGGACAUUGCCGAGGCGCUGGCCAACCCGAUCAAGUACCAGAGCGAGCUGGAGAAGCGAGCGCAGCAGCUCAGCGUGCUGGCAGACGAGGCAGACGACGUCGAGGUGGAGUCUGGCGACGCCGCGCUGCGUCCCCCCGCCUCCAGUCUGCUGGAUGGCUCCCAGUCGCUGGGCGGAGACGCUGCUCCCUCGGCGGUGGCCGGGUCAGCCAGUCAGACAGCGCAGGCCACCGCCGCCGCCCCGGACACAAACGGAACUGGAGUGAUGCCGGCGGGGGCGGCGGACACUGUGACCACCAACGCUGGUACCGGCUCGGUGAAGACGGCCACGGCGAACGCGGGCUCCACCGAGGACAUCGCCACGCCCGAGCACCUGGUGACGGCCGAGCCGCUGGACCAGCUCUGGGAGGAGAAACAGGUGCGCGAGCGGCGCCUCGAGCUCGAGAAGAAGCUCGACAACCUGCGCCGCAAGUACGACAAGAAGCGCGCGCAGCUGCAGGACGCCGGUGCCGGCAGCACGCCCGUCAGAAGGAACACCUUUUCCAGGUCGCACAACAGGCUAGUCAAAAAGAUCUCGAUCAAAACGUCCACGGAGCCGGCCGAGUCGGGCGACCAGAACGCCAUCGAGGCGUGCUGCUCUCAGUUGGCCGCCAAGGAGCGGGAGCUCCGCGCUCAACAUAUCGACCUGAUCCACGACACGCUGGAGAAGGUGGUGCGCAGCUCGCAGGCCGCCCAGCUGAAGAAGCUGCAGAGCCACCACGACCGGCGCGUCGCCGAGAGUCGGAAAAACCUGGAGAGCGAGCUGCGGGAGGCCAACCGGGAGCUCGUCAAAAAGGGCUCCUCCAAGGACGAGCUCUCCAGACUGCGGCGUGAGAUGUCCAAUGUGAUUAUCGAGGCGGAGGUCCAGCGGCGCAGUCGGCUCAACGACCUGCUCGCCCAGGAGAUGCAGGCGCUCAAACAGCAGCACGACCAGGUUCGGCAGCAGGUGCAGAAGCGGCGCGAGGAGGCGCACCAGCAGCUGGCCGCCGAGCAGGAGACGCGUCUCACCGAGCUGCUGCGCGAGUGGCGGCCGUGCGCGGCGGCCGACGGCGCGCCCUCAUGAGGGUCCGCGUCCGGCCGCCGGCGCCGCACCCUCACCGUCGCCGCCCGUCUGCUGGGGGCUCUGCGCCGGCUGCGGCUGCGCUGAUUGUUGGAGAAAGUACGGGCAGCACCGCCACUAGGUUCAGAAUGGUGGCACGAGAACAUAUAACUGAUGCGUGUCGAACAAGUACAAAGUCUCGGGCGGACGGGCCGCGGGGGUGGGCUCGACGCGUCCUGACAGUCACCUGUCGGUUUGGGGGUGCACUAGCCGGGGCGCCGGCGGCUCCGGGGAACCGGCGCCGGCCCUGUUCAUUGUUGACGUGUCGGAUCCUCGGUAGCGCAGAGUUGUUUUGGGACAGUAUUGCUGAUUGCUAGCCUAUUUAUAUAUGAUUUGCCCGGUGCUGUGCGCGUUGUCCGCUGGGCAUGCGUCACAUAUGUAUGCAAUGCGGCGCUGGUGUGCCGGCUAUCGACGUUACGCUGUAGUCAUCUCCGUGCUGUGUGCGUACAGUGCUUUACGGGGCCGCUGUGGGGCGGGGCGGCCGCUGCAAUAGGGAUGAUACCGCCGCCCGCCCGCAGGCCGCUGGGCUUUUCUCUCUGUGUGCGUGUAGAGGCGCCGUGCCAGUGACGGGGGUAGUGGGGGCCAGACAGCGGAGGCCAUAGAGCUCCGCGCACCCGAUACUUGUUCCUCAACGAGAACAAAGCCACCGUUUUAUCAGAGACCAUUGCUGGGUCCAGUUGUUCAAGUGGUUUGACGGUUAGAUUUGCAGGAAUAUUUACAUGACAUGACGGCGUGUGGCCGGUGGUAUGGUGGACCAUCUUUCAGUGGCGCCCCGCGCUGGCUGGAGCGGCGGACGCUCCCCUGUGCCCCCAGGAUCAGUCCCUAGUCAGGACUCGUCGGAUUCCACAGUUGUGCUGAUCCCGGGCGUCCGUUGUGAGUCCGCUCGGCCGGCCGUCGACCGCGGUUCGGCGGCGAGUCGGCAGAUAUGGUAGCUUUACCGGGCGGCAGGCAUGCUGCCCCGCCCCCACCCCCGCACCCGCCGCGGAUAGCCAGUGCCGCCUGUGUGUGGACAGGGGCGGCGGGUCUGUAGGGCAGGCAGGCCGCAGCCGAAUUUCUACACGGGGAUGGUCAAUGUGCUGUGAUUUGGAGAUGUCUACCUGUGCCCUGUUUUCAAUCAUUCCCUUCUUGAUCAGGUAAUUCGCUGUUGUGCGGCUUUUCCUUGUAUGUGUCAAUAAAGACCAAAGCCAUA